UGAAAAAUCUCCACGGCCAUUGCGCAGCUUAAAAGUAAAAGAAGCGUUUCCUUCACCACCGCGGCCUCCAUCGCCGUCGCCGCGCUUGGACCGGCCGUGGCGGGUGACGCGCCUCGCCUGGCCGCCCCGCCGCUGGUCCGCCCCCACUGGCCGUGACUUCCGGUGCAGCUUCGGCGCCUCCACUGACGGUGGCGGCGAUUACGCCCGAUUAAGAACGCGCCCUACGGGUCCCAGUAUUUCUCGCCUGCCUUCCAUGAAGACGAUUUUUCACUUUUAGGUAUCUUGAAUGGGUCCCGUGGUAGGGAGUGUUCUUCCAUCUCUUGGUCGUGUAAGGCUCGCUGAUCUUGUAGCCUCUGAAGGUCUUCCUCCAGACUCUUACAAGAUCUCUGUAUCAACACUAACACAAUCCUUUGCUCAGUAUUCUGCUGCUAUCAUUGAGUUAUCUCCUGGAGACAGUGCUCUUUUAAGAUCUGGUCUAGAAUCUGCUCGUUUGUUUUUUCAUCAGCGUGCGUACCCUCCUGCUGAUAUGGUUCAUACAAAUGAAACCCGUGAGUGGUGCAAGACAUCUGGAUAUUAUGCAGACCCUCAACUGUGGCAAGAAACAUAUGAUUACAGGCCUGGUCUUACUGCAGCAGAGCCUCAUGGUUCAAUGGAAUUUCCUCCAGCUGGCUUGCCUGACAUAUUUGCAGUUCUUGGCAAGGCUGCCCGAGAUGUAUUGGAUGCUAUCAGCUUUUCUUUAAAUUUGCGCAGCUUUUCAUUUGCUGAAAUACUUGAUAACAUGCCUUUGAGAAGUAGGGAGAUAUCCUCCUCAGUUCUUUCAGUAUGCUGUCAUUCAAGACCAUCAUUCCAAGGAGCACAAAACCACAAUUUGACAGCACAGGAAGAUGGACAGCUGGUCAUGUUCCCAGAUCAUGAGCAUCAAGUUGAUAAGGCCUUAAUUACUCUUGUCAAGUCAGAUAUGGCAGGAUUGCAUAUAAAAGACUUCCAUGGACGUUGGAUCCUUGUUGAUGGAGAUCUUGGCCCUCAAGAUGCAAUUAUUUAUCCUGGACUUGCACUUUACCAGGCAACUGCUGGUUAUGUGAGCCCUGCCAUGCUUAGGGUAGAGAUGGGCAAUUUGCAAAGUAACAUGUAUGGAAGAUGCUCUUUGGCUUUCAAGCUCAUGCCUAGAUCCAUGGCAAGUCUUAGCUGUUCAGAGAUGAGAGCAGCUGGUCAUGGAGUUGAAGCACAAUUCCAGAUUCCUAUACCGGUGGAUGACUUUAUGCAGAGGUCACACUCUACUGAUCAAUUCGCUAAACUUAAUUAUCCCAGCUAUGCGUUUCAACCUGGCCAAGAUGAUUUUUAUGUAGCAUCCAUGAAGCCUCAUAUAAAGAGUAAGAAGGACAAGACGAGGUGCAAGCCUUUGCCUCCUUCUAAGAAACUACGUCUGGAGGCUCAGAGGGUCCUCAAGGAGCGUGUUCAAGAUAUUGCUGAAAAGAAGGGCAUAAAACUCAGGUUUUGUAAUCUUAAGGAGUGUGAGGGCCACAUGCUAUCAAUGGAUAGCCCAUGUGGGAAUAUAAGAAUGGAGAUUGGAUGGCCUCCUGGUGUUCCAUUUGUUCAUCCACAUGACCUUCCUAACAAGGCGAAGCUUGGCUUCCUUGAAGCUUAUGAGCCUGGUUGGGCAGCUUCUCAGCAAGACAUGGAGUUAAGUUUAUUGAACCUGGACAUGCCAGAUAUUGGUUAAAUAACCUUGCACUCACAAUUCUUUUUUUUUAAUCUCUACAAGCACAUUGAUAGAUUCCUAAAUACAUGCAUAUCGAGUUCCUUGAAAAGAGAAUGUCAAAGGUGAUCUUACAUUUGUUCUCUUAAUUAGAUUUUCUUGAUAAGAAACUUUUUUUUUUGGCUAGAUUUUAUGCUAUCUACUAUCUUGCUUAAGCAACGUAAAUGAUUGAAUAACACAAACUAAAAGUUCCCGAGUUGGAUCACAUUUAGCUGGUCUUUGUUUAGAAUUAGUACUUGUUGUAAUUGAAUAAUUUAUAAUUUACUUGGUUCAAAUGUCUGUUUCUCUAAUUUAGCUGGUAUUCUGAGCUGUUGUUUUUUGCAGGAGUCAGUCUUCAUAACUUCUGAUAUUUAGGCAUCCUUUAUUGGCCUUGUGACUUCACAAACUCUGCUAAGAGAUCAACUCCUGCAGUCAGUGGCCCAAAUGUGCAAUGACCUAUCAGCAUGUAUGUCUCUCCAAAUCCCUGAGAUUAAAGUGUAGAGCUGAUUUAAUUUACCAACAGCGACCUCAAAUACAAUGCAUCAGUUGCGAAGAAUAUAAAGCUGGCAUUCUUCUCUUUACAUGAUCGGUAUUGUUGUAUAUUCCAACCUCUGGCUAACCCUGCUUGCAUGAAACCAUAGAUCAGCUUUCCAGUCAAAGUCUAUGCUCAGUUUAGAAAAUGUGAAAGAGCAGACGUAAAAGAGGUGAAAGAGCAGAUCAUGUCUUACUUUUACAGAUAUUUUAUAGUGCGGUGCCGUGAAAAAAAUAAGGUAAAUGAGAUUGAGCAGAUACAGAAGGUGAAAUUACCAUACUUAGUACAUUGUGGUGAUGAAAAGAAAUCAGAGUGACAGCCUGCAAAAUAUCGCCUCCCAAAUCAUGGCAGCCCAAUUCAGGCUUUUUAAAACAAAGCUCUGCUCCAUUUGAUCUAAGCUUGCCAUAUCAAAUUUGUAAGGCCUGAUAAUAUGAUCUCCAGAUGCUGGUGUCCUUCACUAAUAUCUACUAUGAUUAUAAUUGUAUUUGAGUGUGAUAUUAUGAUUGUAUCUUUGGACCUAGUUGAUCAGGAGAUUCAGGACUGUGAGUCACAAAAGUAUGUUGCAGUGAUCCUCUCAAGACCCUGCACAUGCAAUGGGUUCUCCAUUGAUGUUGUGUACAAGGUCUUGCUUCAAAAUGGAUAUUCUUGUUCCAAGCCUAAAUCAUUCUACACACAACUCCAAAAUGUAUAUUUGUCUUUGAAAUAUUAUUGGCAUGCCUGAA